CGCUGUAGAGCUUUGGCCUUGCCAGUGGCAUGCUGUCAAUCCUCGCUGCCCUACUCUGCAUGGAGCUAUGUCUGAGCCAGAGGAUCAACACAGGAAAACAGACUCUCCCGAAACCCAUCAUCUGGGCCAAACCUAGUAGCAGGGUCACAAAGGGAACCCCCGUGAACAUCUGGUGCCAGGGGCCUCAGAGUGCUUCAGCGUACCAACUGUACUUUGAAGGAAGUUUUGCCUUGGAGAAACCAAAGCCACGUACAUCAGUGAGUAAAGCUAAGUUCUUCAUCCCACAAAUGACCUCAAACACUGCAGGGAGAUACUACUGCUUCUAUCAGAGCGGGGAGCUUCUGUCGGAACACAGCGAACUCCUGGUGCUGGUAGUUACUGGUAUGUAUGACACGCCCAACCUCAGCGUUCAUCCAGGGCCUGAUGUAACCUUGGGGGAGAAUGUGACCUUCUCCUGCCUUCUGGAAGGUGGGACAAGCAAGUUCUUUCUUCUCAAGGAGGGAGAACCCAACCAUGUCCAGCAAGGACAUGGGAACAAGAAAGCAGAGUUCCCCAUGGGCCCUAUGACCAGAGCCCACAGAGGGACAUACAGAUGUUUUGGCUCUUACAACCACCAUGCAUGGUCUUUCCCCAGUGAGCCUGUGACACUACUCAUCCCAGGAGAUGAGGGGAACACCGGCCUUGUAUCCACAGACCCUACUUCUUCUCUUGGAAGAAUCCAGCACCUGUUCAUUCAUCCCUUCGUCUUUUCCUUAUCCUCAGUUUACUGGGAGGACAACCUUCCUACCAAAGAAUCAGGAUUACAGAAGGGCUCUGCCCUCUGGGAUCAUACAACCCAAAAUCUCAUUCGGAUUGGUCUGGCAUGCAUAGUCCUGACGGCUCUAAUAUGUCUUUUGGCUGAAGACUGGCUCAGUAGGAAGAGGGAUAAAGAGGGGAACAACAGAUCAGCAAGUUGGGAAUGCAGAAGAAGACUGAGUCUGCAAUGCUCUCUUGAAGAGGAACAAAAGGAUGCGAUUUCUAUGGGGGGACUGAAGGCAAUUCCUGGACCUGGGGCCAUAUGAGCUCUAUUCUGCCCCCUGGAGGAAGGAAGUGGUCAUUGCAGGAAUAAAGGGGUAGUGUCACCAAGUUUAGCAAAGCAUUCUAAAG